AUGUCUUCUAAAGAUGUAACGCCUAAAUCACCAAGACUUCACCACAUAGAUACAUCAUCUAAUGGUGGUGUUUCUGGUCCCUUCUGGGACGCAUCCGAUCGUUGCUUCUGGUUGAUGAACAAUCGACAAAUUUACACUCACUCUGAAGGUUACAGCGGAAGUUCCGCCUGCGCAACUAUUGCGUCCGCAAACCCCAAUUCUGCUUACCCAGCCGGCUGGUCCAAAGGUCAGCGCACAAGAUCUCUGUCGGGUUCCGAUGCUUCGCCAAAUUCAGCAUCACACGAAUCCAAACGCAUCCGUCUAGAGUCCUUUGCAGGUGUACCUCUACAAAACACGGUAUCUAAACAGCCUUCGCGACAGGGCACCCCAGAACAGCAGCGCAAAUUUCCACAAUACGACUUAUCUAAUCUUCCACCACCACCUCCCUUCCCACGUCAACGAUCUCAAUCAGUUCGCUUCUCCCCGAACAUAUCUUAUUCGGACGAUCCUUUGAAGAAACACAAUCCAGGACCAUCUCAACCCAGCUUCCUUCAACGCUCUCAAUCCGUCCGUCUCGAAACCGAGCACGACCCAGGCUUCGUCCGCUCCAGCAAUCCAUCUCCCUCUACGCCCCCCUCUUCAUCUUCUCAUUCCCAUCACACCUCCCUCCCUACCCGCACCCUGUCAACCUCAACCUCAGCAUCAGCAUCAGCAUCAGCAUCAGCAUCAGCAUCAGCAUCAGCAUCAGCAUCCACAUCAACAUCAAAAUCCACCUCAACAUCCACCUCAACCUACAGCACCCUCCCCCCUAGCACCCGCUACACCCCUUCCAACUACCAUCACAACCACGACCCCGAACACGAAGACGAAGAUUUAUCCUCCCCCUCCUCAGCCUAUUCCUACACCCAAUCCCCCUCUUCCUCUUCCACCCACCGCUCCCCCUCAUCCCGCGGUCGUCACGAAUCACACCAUCAACGCACGCACCACCGACGCAUCGAAUACGACUACGACACCGACAGUGAAAUCUCGACUCGGAAAGAAAAGAAACUAAUCAAACAGAAACGCACUCGUGAACGUACUCCUGAUGAACAGAAGAAACACGAGAAAACCUUGAAGGGUAUUGGGGAGACGGGGCGGGGAGAUAUGGGACGAGCAGCGUUCUUGGGCGUCUUGCCUAUUGUGUGUCUUUUGGUUCAACUUGCGGCUUGA